AUGCGUGAGAUAGACAUCCUUAAUCAAAAUGGUGAGAUAGUAGGUGGCUUCUUGCUUGAUCCAAAUAUUUGGCAGGUCCCCCUUUUGCGACCACUUAUUUCCUUGACUUAUCGGGGUUAUUUUUCUAAUCAACAUCAGAAUACUCAUAAAACCAAGAAUAAGAGUGAGGUUGAAAAAACCACUAAAAAGUCGCGCCGCCAGAAAGGAACUGGCAUGGCACGACAAGGUCCAAGGAGCAAUCCCCACUUCGUUGGUGGGGGUGUGGCUCAUGGACCGCGGGGCGAAAAAAGUUUGCCACUCCACCUCAACAAAAAAGCCAAAAAAAAGGCUUUGCAAUCUCUCUUGGGAGAAAAAUUACGGCAAAAGGAAAUAGUGGUGUUAGAUAAAAUUAUUUUUGUUAACUAUAAGACCAAGGAAGCUGAGAAAUUACUUAGUAAUUUACCUGCUCCAAGAACUCGUAGUUUAAUCAUUUUGGGAAAAAACGAACCCGAAAAAGAAAAAUUAAUUCGGGCUUUUCGUAACCUUCCUUAUCUGGAAAUUACUGAUAGCCAAAUGCUUAAUGUUUUUACAACCAUAAUUCCUCGUAACCUUAUUUUUACUCAUUCUGCCCUUAGCGAAAUCGAGCAAAGAUUAAUUUAG